AUGCCCGCCGUCCUCCCACCGAACUACACCCUCCACCAGGGCUACCCCGCCGUCGAAUCCUACCUCCACCUCCGCCACACCAAGAAACACCCGAAAUCACCAACCGCCCAACAAGCCGAAUCCGCCCUCCGGGGAAGCUGGUACGGCUGCUACAUCACCUACACGGCAUCAGCUUCACCUUCCACCUCCGAAAAAAUUACCACCACCAACCCAGAAACGCAAAAAACCGGCGAAGUGGUCGCCAUGGCCCGCCUCAUCAGCGACGGAAUCUGCACCUUUCAGCUGACGGACCUGCUCAUCGCCGCGAACCACAAGUACAAGAAGCUGGGGAACGUGGUCGUGGCGCAUCUCCGGUAG